GUGACUGCGGCCUGAGUACACCUGAGCUGGGGGUGUUUGCAUGAGUGAACCCAUCAGCCUGACGGCAGAAUCUUAUUUUGAGUAGAUGUCUGUUGCAGGAGUGACUACAUGCAGGGAUGGGACCUGUGUGUUGUCAAGGGCACUACGAUCUAAGAUAAAGAAUGUGAUCGGAGGAGACAAUGAUCGAGAACGGGCAACAAGAGAUUGAAGUGCUUGGAAGCCCAGCAACAUCAGGAAAGUAAAUCAAUAUUCUUUCCCCCUGAGCGGGAAAGGCUUUGUGGGUAAACAACAAGGCAGGGGGAAAUGACAAGAUUGCCUGGCGUGUUUUUUUCCUGCACACGGCUCCUCCUGUUUUUCAUCUUUUAGCUUUUUCUCUCUCUCCUGACUUGGGUGGGGGCUCGCUGAUCGGAAACUGAUGAGUUGGGAAGAGUGUUAAAGGAAGCACUCGUGCAUCACAGGGGUACUCUGUACGUGUGUGAAGUAAGCCGGCUGCCGCAACGAGGAAAUUAAAGUGGCUCCAUCUACAUGUAUGUGGGCCAACACCAGAACUGGUUGGAAAUUAAUCAACAUUACUGCCUGGAUUAUUGGUAAAUGGAAGAAUAUCAUUUGGCACUGGCAGAAGGUGCGGAGUUUGCCAGUAGCAGAAACCACCUGGGAGAGCUGAACUGGAUCAUGGUGUAACUACUUUGCAUAGGGAACAAAUCAAGGAGCCUACAUGCGUAGAGUAUUCAUUUUGCAUCCAGAAAAGCUUGGGAAUUCAACAGAAUCUGUGGUAGACAUGAAACUGUUGCGGGCAACUUCUGCUCAGCUCUGCAGCGUGUGUUAAGUACAACUUAAUGCCACCUGUUGUGUACUGCUGUAGGCUAAUGCAAAGUGCCUCUGUGCUCUCCAGGAAACUUCCCAGACCUACUGAAGCUUUGCAGUAGAUGAUCUAAGUGAGGUUUGCAUAUUUGCGCUCCGUGUUACAAAUUCAGCAUUUUUGAAAAGGAGUGGAAAGGUUUUAAUGAUUUUGAAAUGGAUGUGCGUGUCAUUUUGUGACCAAUACAUUUAAAUUAAUUGGAGUUGGCUGUUUUUCCAACCCAGAGAAUAUUUUGCUUUUGAGUCAGCAGGAAUGAACAAACUGACAAGAGGUUAGCUCUGUGGAAAGAUUUGAGUUCUUUUCCCUUGCUUUAUGGUUCAGGCAACUUGCUUAGAACCACAAUGUACGUGUCUUCACAAACAUUGCCAGCCCUGUAAAUUAUGUGAUGCCUGUAGGCAUAUUCCGAUUCAAUUUGAACCUCCAACCUGCUAAAAGAAGUUGACAAGAAACUCCACUGAACUGCAAUUAGACCUUUGCUGAGCAGCUCUACAUGAGUGCAGACUUCAACUCCUACUUGCAUGUAUGUGUGAGGAUUUCCAACUUGAACUAUUUUGAAAUGAUGCACCUUGAUGCACAUGUACCAUAGUUAGCACCAUCCUAGCCUGAAUUCAGUUAACCACCUCCUGUUUGCGGAGCAAACAAUGUUUCUGCCACCUGUCAGCUGUUGUUCCCUUCAAUUCAGAUGUUACAUUGGGGACAUCGACGUGGCUACAUUGUACACUCUGUUCCAAUUUCUUGUUUAAGGAGCUAGGAAAGCGAUUAUUUGAUUGUGACUGGUAUCCUCUGUGUUCCUCUUCAAAUAUCAAUUGUGAUUGGACAGCUGAGGUAAAGCCCAUUCCUGUAAGUUUCAGAUUUUCUGCACUGCUAUCAUAUCAGAGGAUCAUCAAACGCUAAAAAUCAAAGAUGGGUCGGCGAGACAACGGAACCGGGCGAAAACGGAAUUCUUACGCUAGCAAUGGACACCACAAACACACCAACAACAAUAACCACCACCAUCAUCAUCACCAUGGAAAAGCCAAUGGAUUUGAGCCAGUCCGGAAUGGGAAACUUCACACCUCCUCCAGGACUGCCAAACAAAAUGGUCAGCAAUCCUUGGCAUGGACUCACUACGUAUCGAUGGUCGUAGGAUUCAUGCUAGCAUUGUAUUUGGGAUACAGGAAUGCCUGCUAUAUCGACGCCUUACAUGAAAAUCGACUGUGGUUCUCAAACAUCAAGGAGGUUGAACGUGAGAUCUCAUUUCGUACUGAAGCUGGGUUCUACUACUCGUUCUACAAACAAAUAGUCUUCGCACCCUCCAUUGUAGAAGGCCUCUAUGCCUUAACUCACGACAAUGACACAGAGAAUUGGCGGACAAUCAAUGCCUUGGAAAGGUUCAACAUCUACCAGGAGGUUGUUCUUGGUAUCAUCUACAGAACCUUUGGUUUUAUCCAGAGAGCCUACCCACCGAUUUUCUUCUACAUCUACUCUGUCUUUUCCUUGCAUGGCUUGUAUCUGGUAGCCUUGUACUGCACAGCAUGGAUGCUGACCAGAUCUUGGUUGGCAGGAGUACUUGCCUCUGCAUUCUACGUUUUCAACAAGGACGAUACAACCAGAGUAGACUACACCAUUCCUUUGAGGGAGAGCUUUGCCUUGCCCAUGCUGUUCCUCCAGAUGGCGUGCAUCACUUAUUACCUCAGACCCAUCACGACUGUCAUGCGACAGAGGUUGUGCGUUGCUGUCACCCUGCUGAGCUCCUUUCUCUUCGUCCUGACCUGGCAAUUUGCUCAGUUUGUGUUCCUACUCCAAGCCAUGGCAUUGUAUGGAUCAGCAAGCCUACAGAUGGUCCCUAGACACAAGGUGGUUCGCUUGCUGCUCCUUCAGGCCGUCUGCAUCCUCUCUGUCUGCAUCCUCCAGUUUUUCAAUAAGAUGCUCCUUGGUUCUCUUGUCUUCAGUUUUAUCAUGGCAGCUCUCCUGGAUCUGCGAUUGCAGGGAAGUCGUCCCUACUCAGGAGGGAUUUUAACCAGUUUUGCCAAGCUGCUGGUCCACAUCGCCCUGGUUUUGAUUCUGACGGUGCUCAUCAACAUGACCAUGAAGUUUGCCAUUGGGCUUGAGGCAGACCAACACAUCUAUAAGUUCCUGACAGCCAAAUUUGGAAUUGCCAACACCAGAGAUUUUGAUGCUCUGAUGUACCAGUGCAAUGGGGCCUUUGGUUUCCUACCUGUGGACACAUUUUGGCGGCUGAGUAGGAGACUAGUCUUUCCACUCUACAUGGCUGUUAUGGUUGGAUUAUUGAUUGCAUUAGCCACAGCAGUGUAUCAGAAUUGGAGAAAUCAAGCCGAUCUUGCCAGGGCCAAGAAGGAUGAUGACACUCCCCCAAGUCAAGAGGCCUUAGACUCCAUCCACCUCCUCAGCGACCGGCCAGAGCUUGCUUAUCUAGCCAUCCAGUCGGUCUUCUCAGCCUGCCUAGCCUUAGCCAUUCAGAGGCUGAAGUACCUAUGGCUUCCCCAUGUGUGUGUCCUGGCUGCGUUUGGAGUCAGUGAUUAUCAGACUUGGAGGGCUUUGCUGACGCGGCUUGGAUUUAAAUCAGAGUCUGGGGUGCAGAGUGCUCGUCAUGUUGCCACCUUCCUUGUGCUAGCUCUAGUUCUCUCCAUUUCAUUACCUCGAGUGUACACUGAACUGGAAGAAUUACGUGAGUUCUAUGAUCCAGACACUGUGGAGCUCAUGAAUUGGAUUAGAGAGCAGACCCCCAAAGCUACUGUGUACAGUGGUAGCAUGCAGCUCCUUGCUGGCGUCAAGCUGUGUACCGGCCGUAGACUGACCAACCACCCUCACUACGAGGACAAAGAGCUCCGAGAGAGGACAUUGCAGCUGUAUCAGUAUUAUGGAAGACGGAUGCCCAAGGAAGUGUAUAACAUACACAAAGCCAUGGGUACUGACUAUAUCAUCCUUGAAGACAGUAUUUGCUAUGCCAGGGCUGCAGCUCUAGGAUGCAGGUUACCAGACUUGAUUGAUAUCUCCAAUGGUCAUCUUUAUAACGGGGCUCAAGCUGAAGAGUUGAAGUUCUUAGCGGAAGCCAAGGUGGGAAGAUUCUGUGAUGUCAUCAAGCAACAAACGGCAGAGUAUACAAGAUAUUUCUAUCUUGCAUUCCACAACAAAACGUUCCGUGUUUACAAAGUGUUAUGACAGCUUUAAUGUUGAAAAUAUUGAGUGAUUGUCAGGGUUUUGAGGUUAAUUUUUUUCCCUGGAGUUUCUAAGGGCCGCCGGCUUCUGACAUAUUUCAUAUCUUUGAGGUGCAAUUUAAGAUUAUAUUAUGGUUGACGGAAGAGGUAAAAUGGAUUUUUGCACCGUUUCCAGUAACUGUUUAGUGUUCAAUAUUUUAUGAAAAUUGAUUAAUGCUUGUGCCACUUGUAUUAGAUGUUACAGUUUGGAAGGUUUUAAUGACUGUGCUUGAGUUCUGUUAAAGUAAUGUUUAUAUAGGUGUGUAUAUUUCAGAAAUUUGACGCGAGGUUUUGAACUUUCAGUCAUUUGUAAAAAUUGUGUUUGUAAAUUGGUUGUGUGAUACUUGAGUAUGGAACUUUCGACUUUUAUUAAGAAGCAUGUCCAAAAGUAACAUAUUAUGGUAAUUUGGCUGUAUCCACCCCGAGUUGAGGUGCAUCCCCAAGUGGCAAAAGAAAAGCAGAUCGUUGUAAGUUUUCCAAGCGAGUUCUUGCACGCAUUCUGUGUUUACGCAGAGA